AUGUCAACCUCGUUUGGCGCCGUUUUGGCAGUUUUGGCAAGGCGAUUGACAUCCAUGGCAAACUCAAAGAGCCAUCAAACACAUGACAAGUAUCCCUUCUCCCGUCAAACAGUUCAAGUCAAGCCCUACAGCACCACCCGUUACGCCCAGUCGGAAGUGGCGGGCGGCUGCCGCUCUCAAAAUCUACGACGCCCUGACGCUUGGCCCGGCUUCCAUGGAAUCGUCGAUGCGCAAGUUCCAUUGCAGGGAUUCUUCGCCGCGUGUCUUUUCUGCGGCGUGCUUCUCGCCGACUUUGUUCCGGAGAUGCCGACAUGGUUUCGGCGGGACGAGCGUCAGAUGCUCCAUAGCGGCGUUUCGGAGGACAGUGCGAACGGUGGGGAGAUGUCGCGCGUCGACUAG